GACGCUGGGGGCCGUGCUGCUGUCCGGGCUGCUGUGCACCGAGACGGGUGAGUGGAGGUUCUAAAGGUUCUGGAGGUUCUGGAUAUCCAACUGGAGGUUCUGGGUGGAAACUUCAGCUUUUCAAUUGCAGGAAAAUUCAACAAUUUUCCUGCAGAAUUUGACUUUUCUGAAUCAAAGGUUCUGGUGGUUUUCUUCCAGUUGAUUUUCUUCAGAACCUCCAGAACCAAACAUUCACUGUUUUUAUUGGACCUUUUACGUUUUGGACCGUGCUGGUCCAAUUCUGAGAUACAUUCUGGGUUUUAAUCAACAGAAAAGUUUUAUUUAUUAUCAUAAAGAGAAGAAACGUCUUCGGUUCUGGUUGACCCGAAGCAGAGGAACCGUUCUGGUCAGAACGUCUUCCUGCGGUUUUAUUCUGGAGGUCUGGUCAAUGUUUCCUGUUUUCCUUUCCAAUCCAGAUCCCAGUCAGGACCUGGCGGAUUCGGACCCGCUCUCCUUCAGAAUGCACUCGGUUCUGAUCCGAAGGAAGAGGAACUUGCUGUUUCCCAGCGGAGUGAAGCUCUGCUCCCAGGAGACGUUCGACCAGGCCGUCUCCAACCACCUCCACUUCUUCCACCUCAGAGUGUGCCAGGAGACCGUGUGGGAGGCCUUCAAGAUCUUCUGGGACCGACUCCCGGACCGGGACGAGUACCAGGCCUGGGUCAACCGCUGCAUUGACGGAUCAGUCAGCAUCAAGGACAUCGGCAGCUUCUUCAGCCAAUCAGAGGAGCAUCAGAGCCUCAUCAGGAGCAGAGUUGAACUGGCUGCUGCCUUGAACAGGUCGGCACCGCCUGUCCAGACUGACCCACCCGCCGUUUGGACUCUGCCAGGAGACAACAGUGUCGUCUUUGGAUCAGAAGCUAUUACAGUCCGUCAGCAGGAGCUUUCUCCAGUCACCUCUUGGACUCCAUCGCUGUCUGCAACCGAAGCUCCACUUAAAGAGGCUGCGGCGACUUCUCCUGAGGAUUUAACCGCUGACCCUGCUGCUGACGCCGUGCCAGAAGACUCUAAUGAUAUUCAGGAAACUGUACCGAUUAUUACUUCACAGAGUCCGGCCGAGGUCGUCAGAAACGUUCUAAAUGUUGGAGUCACUUCAGAGGAGACUGUAGAGAUGAUCACGGAUGUUUAUCACCCGGUUACACACCAGCCUGUUGGCCCGGUGGGUCAGGAGAUCGGGACUGAUGCCGGCAGAGCAGAAGAAGAAGAACAGCUUCUUGAAAUUACUACUGAAGAGUUGAACAGUGUGUCUGUAGUAAUACCAGAGGAUGAGCAACUAUCAACACAGCUGGUUGCUCAAGAAAUCCUCACAGAACCUGCGGUUGUGGUUCUUCCAAAGCCCACCACGCCCCCUACUGUAGAAGCCUUCACUCCAAUUGUCUCUCCUGUUGUAGUUGAAGACACGACUGGAACAACUGCUAGGAGUUUAGUUAGCCCCAUCCAAGAGGAAAUCCUGGAUAACUCUUUAGGUCCCAUCCCUGGUGUUACUUUGACUGAGACACCUAGAGAGGCUGUACAGGAAUCCAUUGUUGAAACUGCAGUUUUUGCGCCUGAAACUGAUGUUUCUUCAGGUUCUGAUGGUGAGGUAGAUACGUCACAGGUAGAUGAUCCAUCAGAGGCAGCAGUAGAUGUUAGCCAAGAAGAGAUCGGCAAAGAGACGACACCAACUGUGUUUCUGAUGGUAAAGUCUAAAGACGAGACGGAAAUCAACGAGAUUCCAGAGCAAGAAUCAGACAUAGCUGUUCCCUCUCAGGCCUCCAUCCCAAUGACUACCAGCAAGAUGGAGGAAGUAAGACAAACUACUGAGAUGACAGUCAAACCUCUACUUAUUGUAGAAGGAGAGACUUUUCAAGAAAUCCCAACAAUACGGACAAUGACACCUGAGGAAACUACCAAAGAAACUGUUCUUGUUUCAACAUCAACACCAGAGCCUGUGAUAGAGGUGGAAACAAAACCUGGAAGUACUGUUAUACUUACAGAAGGUAAUAUGGUGGAAGGAGAAACAGAGGCUGGUGCUAAAAAAGAAAGUUUUCAGACAGAAGAGACCACUAUCAAGGGAACAGAUUCAUCAGAAGAGCAGCCGGAACCAUUGGACAAGAAGUUCAUUGAAGAGGAACCAGGGACGGAAUCUACAGGUGGUUCUGUUGAACCUAAAACAUCUGCAGAACCCAAAGAACAAGGUGGACAAGACAUUAUAGAAGAACCAGCACCCAGAGAAGAAACUGCACAUGAACCAGAACCUGCAGGAGAAGCAGUACAGGAAGGAGAACCUCCAGGAAGUGUUUCAAGGGAACCAGAAAUGGUAGAAAAAACAGCAGAAGAUAAAACAGAACCAGGAGAUGACACAGAACCUGCAGAAGACCGGAUGGUUGAGAGACCGGCACAUGACCUGUCACUCAAGUUAGAAACUCUUGAGAGAGCAGAACCUGCAACAGAGUUGACUUUCACAGGAGAAAUUACAGAACUACCCUCAGAACCAACAGAUCAGAAAGUAGUCAAAGAACAAAGAACAGACCUUACUGGAGAUUCAGUACCAGAACCUGAGGCCACAGGCGGACCAGUCCAAGAAAUAAGCUCCACGUUAGGGACAAAACAAAAAGCAGAACCGACCACAAAACCACCAGAAGAGACAGAGCCAACUCCAGAAAUGGAAAUCACAGAAACGGUGGAAGCAAAAGCAACAGAACCCGCAGUUCAGUUUCCACAACCCACAGCAGAACCAACACCAGAUAUGGUCAUAGAACCAAUAAAGGAAGCGGAAGAAAAAACAGAAGCUGCUGGAGAUCUAGAAAAGGAAUCUGAAGAAUCAGAACCAACCACUAAACCAUCAGAACCCAAACUUGAAACUGCAACCAUAGAAAAAACAGUUGAAGCAAAAUCCCCUGAACCAUCACAGGUUCCAGAAUUUACAACGGAGCCUUCACAAGAAAUGGAUCCCAUCAUCGAUCAAGAGAAAGAAGAAGAAGACUCUACAAGACAAUUGGUAGAAGAGGAUUCAGAUGUAAAACUGAAACAAGAACCAGUGCAAGAACCUGACUCAACACAGAAACCAGGCCAAGAACCCAAACAAAUUAAAGAAUCAACUCAAGAAAGAGAACCAACCAUUGAACCCACAGAAGAAACAACCAAAGAUGAAAGACCUCAACCCACAAGAGAUCCAGAAAAGACAACAGACUCCUCCACAGAGACAGCAAAAGGAGCAGAACCCACCAAAGAACCCGCUCCAGAAGCAGAGGCUGUGGAAGAACCGCCCAGAGCCUUUGAGAAACCAACACAAGAUUCUUUACCCAUAGAAAAAUCAGUUCAAGAGGUUGGACUCAUUAAAGAAACAACACAUGAAACCAAAUUAACCCUUAAACCAGCUCAAGAAAUGGACCACACAGAAGAACCAACUAAAACAGAACCUACAAGAGAACCAGGCCCCAAAGUAGAAACUGCUGAAGAACUUCUACACAAAACAAAACUUGAACAAGGAGUCAAAGAAACUCCAGCAUCCACUGAACACCCAGCAUUAGUGCCAGAACCAACUGAUUUUAAAGAUACCUCUGAAGAGGCAGUAAAAAUACCACCAGCAAAACCUACUGGAGAACCAACUAAAGAAUUGGAACCUCCCAUAGGAGCAGGAUACAAGGAAGAACCUAGCAGAGAACCACCACAAGAAUCAGAACCAUGUAAAGAUACAAAACUGGGAGAGGAAGUCCCCAAGGAAUCUGUACCAGAAACAGAGGUCCCCCAAGAGACUGAGACAACAGCAGAACCAACAAGACAACCAGCGCCAGGUGAACCUGUAGGAGAACCUUCUGGUAAAAUAGAACCAACAGAAGGACUUGAAGAGACUGAUCCUCAUUUAAGACUUGAUGAAGAUGAAGCUGGUGUUCUUCCAACACCUUCAGAUGCAGCAGGGGAACCGUUUAAGGUUGGAGACGACAGAACCUCUGAGACGUCAGAUAAAGCAGUUGAAGAAACAACAGGUGUUCCAGAGGAGUUGUUAGUACCACAGACUCCUGAAAGAGAAGUGAGUCCUGUAACUAUCGAAGAAGACUCAAAAGAGUUACCUGUGACUGAGUUGGAGGGAACUAUUGGGCAAGACAUAGUGGCUGGAUCUCCAUAUGGUUCUGAAGGCGAAACCAUCAAAGAAACUACUUUCCAUGCGGUUGAACCUGCGAUCAAAGUGACUGAAAAUGUUCUUGAAGCUGAAGAACCCAGUGAAACACCUACAGACGUUGUUACCAAAGACCUUCUAGUGACACUAUCAGAAGAAGGGUCCAUCAAGCUUCCUUCUGAGGAAACUGUCAAGACUGUCGUUCCUGAGGAAACAACCAAGUCUGUCAUCCCUGAAGAAUCGGUGGAGGCUGUAGUCCCUGAGAAAACAACCGAGAUUGUCGUUUCUGAGGAAACAACUGAGACUGUCGUCCAUGAAGGAACAACCAAGACUGUUGUCCCUGAGGAAACAACCAAGACUGUCGUCCCUGAAGACACAACCAAGACUGUCGUCCCUGAAGAAACGGUGGAGACUGUCGUCCCUGAAGACACAACCAAGACUAUCGUCCCUGAAGACACAACCAAGACUAUCGUCCCUGAAGACACAACCAAGACUGUCGUCCCUGAGGAAACGGUGGAGGCUGUUGUCCCUGAAGAAAUGGUGGAGGCUGUUGUCCCUGAAGACACAACCAAGACUGUCGUCCCUGAAGACACAACCAAGACUGUCGUCCCUGAAGACACAACCAAGACUGUCGUCCCUGAAGACACAACCAAGACUGUCGUCCCUGGAGAAAUGGUGGAGACUGUCGUCCCUGAAGGAACAACGGAGAUUGUUGUCCGCGAAGAAACGGUGGAGACUGUCGUCCCUGAAGAAACAACCAAGACUGUAGUCCCUGAAGGAACAACCGACACUGUAGUCCCUGAGGAAACAACCAACACUGUCAUCCCUGAGGAAACAACCGAGACCGUCGUCCCUGAGGAAACAACCGAGACUGUCGUCCCUGAGGAAACAACCGAGACUGUCGUCCCUGAGGAAACAACCGAGAUUGUCGUCCCUGAAGGAACAACCGAGACUGUCGUCCCUGAGGAAACAACCGAGACUGUCGUCCCUGAAGGAACAACCGAGACUGUCGUCCCUGAGGAAACAACCGAGACUGUCGUCCCUGAAGGAACAACGGAGAUUGUCGUCCCUGAAGAAAUGGUGGAGACUGUCGUCCCUGAGGAAACAACCGAGACUGUCGUCCCUGAAGGAACAACCGAGACUGUCGUCCCUGAGGAAACAACCGAGACUGUCGUCCCUGAGGAAACAACCAAGACUGUCGUCCCUGAGGAAACAACCGAGACUGUCGUCCCUGAGGAAACAACCGAGACUGUCGUCCCUGAAGGAACAACCGAGACUGUCGUCCCUGAGGAAACAACCGAGACUGUCGUCCCUGAGGAAACAACCGAGACUGUCGUCCCUGAGGAAACAACCGAGACUGUCGUCCCUGAGGAAACAACCGAGACUGUCGUCCCUGAGGAAACAACCGAGAUUGUCGUCCCUGAGGAAACAACCGAGACUGUCGUCCCUGAAGGAACAACGGAGAUUGUAGUCCCUGAAGAAACGGUGGAGACUGUCGCCCCUGAGGAAACAACCGAGACUGUCGUCCCUGAGGAAACAACCGAGACUAUCGUCCCUGAAGGAACAACGGAGACUGUCGUUCCUGAGGAAACGACCAAGACUGUCUUCCCUGAAGAAAUGGUGGAGACUGUGGUCCCUGAGGAAACAACCGAGACUAUCGUCCCUGAAGGAACAACGGAGACUGUCGUUCCUGAGGAAACGACCAAGACUGUCUUCCCUGAAGAAAUGGUGGAGACUGUCGUCCCUGAGGAAACAACCAAGACUGUCGUCCCUGAAGAAAUGGUGGAGACUGUCGUCCCAGAGAAACGUCCCUCUGAGGAUAAGGUUUUACCAAGAGAGAACGGUACCCUAAUGGUUCUCCCACCAGCUAACAAAGCUCCAGGUGUAGCAGAGGAAACUACAGUAGAAACAUCAACAGUGGGACCUACCGAGGAGGCAACCACUCAGUCCACAACACACUCUCCUAAGUAUGUAGUGGAAACCAACAAUGGAAACUUUCCGGAUGUACCAGUCCGACCCUACGUAGAACAAGACAUCUUUUUGGGGAACAAUGACUUUGUGGAGGAGGAAGAGGAUGAUAACUCGAUUGGUAAUGAGAUAGACGGCACGCUGCUGCGACCCCCGCGACCCCUGAAGGAGUACGUGGUGGAGCAGCGGAUCAAACUGAAGGGAGAAACCUUCAGCAACGCCCUGAGAGACACCAGCAGCUUCCAGUACCAGCAGCUGGCCAAGCAGUUCAAACGCAGGGUUGAAGACGUCUUCGACAGGCUGCCAGGCUUCAAGAGCCUUGACAUAAUUGAAUUCAGGCCUCAGAAGGACCUGCAGCGGGGUCUGGUGGUGCAGGUCCACUACGCCAUCACUCUGGACCUGGAGGUGGACAGCGGUGGGGUCUCCAUCGACACUCUGGACUUCAUCACUCUGCAGAAUAAUCAGGUGGAGCAGAGCUACGUUGGAGCUGCUGAGCAGCCCACCGUCAUCUACACAAUCACUGAUUUCCGUAACUACAUCACCGAAGCUCUGCACAAAGACAACGUCCUGGCCAACGGCAGCCUGGAACAUGCAGGGAACGCUCCUCCUGUGAAACCUACAAGUAAACCGGAUGAAGCUUACAACAACAUGGAUAACAUUCUGGCUGCAGAGAAACCUCCCGAUGCGCCGAUCCAUGAGCCAGACACCAGCGAGGUUUUCCUGAAGAAGGAGGACUUCCUGUUUGACACCAGGGACCAGUGGAAAGGUCCACACAGUAAGGAAGUGAGUGAAAACGACGUCUUCUUAUUCGAUGAAAGUACAACAGCACCACAGACCGUUAAAGUCCAAAAGACUGUUGACCUGGAGCCAAUAACUAAAGACGAGGGUGGAAACAUUGAAGGUGAGGGAUUCCUCCUCACUACGUCUCCCAGCGCUGUGGAUGAUCACCAGACGGUCGUUCCUGAAGGAUCAGCAGUCACUUCACCUCCAAAACCCUCUGAGGUCACGUUUGAUCACGGAUCUGGAUCUGGUUUCUCUGGAGAUGGUCAGGAUUCUUCUCUCUGGUCUUGGGAGGCUUCAGAAACACCUGACAUCACCUAUGACCGGGGGGUCGACAGCCAUGAAGUCCUACCACCACCUGACCUGGAGAUGGACACGGAUGAUGAUGUGGAACCAGCAACCUCUGAAACGGCUGAUGUUUUACUGGUGACAACCCCCAGGUCUGGUGACUCUCACACCCAGGAACCUCUGGUUGGCGUCUUUGUGGCGCCACUGAGCACAGACACACCAGACUUCACCACACCUCAACUUCUUCUACCUUCAACUGAGGCAGCCAUGACUGUGGACCUUUCUGUUCAAACAGUGGAAGCAUCUGGUUUCCAUGACGACUAUUCUCUGAUUGAGCCUCAGACCCAAACAGUUCCUGUUACAUCCUCUAAAACCUGGACUCCAACUGAUUCUGGCACCAGGCAUCAAACUGAAAACAUGGAGGAAGGGAUGAUGGGGGUCACUGCGUCAGAUAUCUUAGAGAUGAAAAGUGAAGAGGUUAUUGUGCUUGAUUUACCAAAAGCCCAGACUGAAGCUCCUCUCAGUCUGGACCUGCCUGCAUUUGUUGAAGUGCAGGGGGUCACAUUUGGUGAACUCAGCGGUGAAACAGCCGCUGCUGGUCCAGAACAGCCUCAGGUCCUGACUGAGAGACCUGAGCCGCCCCUCCCAGAAACAAGAGCACCCAGUGAGGUUGAGGUUUUGGAGGAGCAGCAUUUAGGAACCACUCACUCCACUACGACAGCACCCUCUACUGGAGGUCUGGACCAGGACCUGGCUGUGGAUGAAGUCAUUGUUGUCACUACAACCACAGCAACUCCAGUCCCAACUUUACCCCCAGCCUUGGAGCACAGCGCUGCGCUCUCCCCUGAAAAGGAGUCGCCUUUCACUCGAGUCUCUGAUUCAGUGCCAGAAGAUGAGGAUCUCUUUCACCACGAGCAUCAAAACCACGACGAGGUCACUGAUGUUUCCACAAGCUCCGGUUCUUCAGACGUUUUUCAGUCGACACCAGCAGAAAAGACUCCAACUGAUCCUGGACAGGGAUCGCUGGGUGCUUCAGAGCAACACAUGGAGACAACCGAACCUUCAGGAGAGGAAGCAGGACCUCCUACAAUGACAAGUGAACCUUCUGAGGGAAUUGUAAAACCUUUGGAUGAGGAAGAUUGGCCUGUUAAACAUGAAGAACCUCCAAAAGACAAAGCUGACCCUCUGGACGAUGCCGGAGUCAAACCUCAUGGAGUGGAAAGCAAAGUAGAAUCCUCAGAAACUGAAACUGUGCCAGUGAAGAGUGAAGCUUCUGGUGGAGACGAGCAAACUCCUCUGGAGGAUUUAGAGUCUACAUCACUGGCAGAACAACCCAGUUCUCCCAGCGUCUUCUCCCAGGGAGCUGGAGAAGACCCUGACUCUCCAAAAGGAGAAAGUGUGGAAGUGCAACCUUCAGGACAGGAACUGGAGACCUCUAGACCUGAAGAAGAAUUUCAACCUGCUGAAGAACAAAAAGAACAUUUUGGGGGAGCGGUAGAACCUUUAGGAGAACCUGAACCAAUAGAAAUAAAAGUAGAACCUACUGGAGAAGUAGAAGUAACUCCAGAGGAGAAAAUUCAACCUUCUGGAAAAGGAACCGAGUCUCCAGUUGUGCAUGUGGAGCCUUCUGAAGGACAUUCUGAAGAGGUGCAAGUGUCACCUUCUGGAGAAGUAAAGAAAGAAGAGGAAGGAGAACGUUCUGGAAAGGAAGUGGCUCCUUCACAUGGGAACGUGGAACCAGAACCUUCCAGAGAAGUAGUCACUGCUCUCCUUCCAACACCGUCUUCCUCACAACCCAACGUUAACGACAGCUCUUCUGUCCUCGACCUUGGCUACGACUUCUCUGACAUGCCGAGUAUCGAUGUGAGCAUCGACCUGUUCCAGUACGGCUCUGGGGAAGCUGAUGGCGAAAGCGGUGGCUUCUCCAGUGAAGCUCGGGGUUCAGACCUUGAAGCUUUUCCUUUGCCGGGCCGGCCGGGCAGAGCUCUGACCGUGUUCUUCAGCUUGAGGGUCACCAACAUGGCAUUCUCCAGGAACCUGUUCAACAAAAGCUCCUCAGAGUACAAAUCUCUAGAACAACAAUUCAUACAGCUGCUGGUCCCGUACCUCCAGUCCAAUCUGAACAACUUCCAGAACCUGGAGAUCCUGAACUUCAGAAACGGCAGCAUUGUUGUAAACAGCAGAAUGCGUUUUGGCAAACCGGUUCCCAAAGAAGUCACCAACAUCAUCUACCUGAUUCUGGAGGACUUUGCCAACACGGCCUACCACACCAUGAACCUGGCCAUCGACAAAUACUCACUGGAUGUUGAAUCAGGUGACCGGGCCGAUCCCUGCAAGUUCCAGGCCUGUAACGAGUUUUCCAAGUGCAUGGUGAACCAGUGGUCUGGAGAGGCAGAGUGUGUGUGUGAUCCUGGAUAUCUGAGCAUCGACGGCCUGCCGUGUCAGAGCGUCUGUGACGCUCAGCACAACUUCUGCCUCAACGACGGCAAAUGUGACAUCAUUCCUGGCAAGGGCGCCAUCUGCAGGUGUCGUGUUGGGGAGAACUGGUGGUACCGCGGUGAGCACUGUGAGGAGUACGUCUCUGAGCCGCUGGUGGUCGGCAUCGCCAUCGCCUCGGUGGUCGGCUUCCUGUUGGUGGCUGGAGGAAUCAUCUUCUUCCUGGCCAGAACGCUCAGAGAGCAGUAUGAUGGUGAAGACUCAGAGGAUCCACUCAGACGGCAUGAAAGCGUUCCAACUUUGGAGCGAGCCACCAAGUUCAACCCGAUGUUUGAGAGCGACCCGGUCUCUGCUCAGUACUACCGGCGCUACGAAGACAGCCUGCCCCAGUACCACCAGUGCUGCGACUCCACCCUGAACCAGUGCUGCUCCAAAGAACUGACCAGUGAAGAACUACAGAACAUCUGCCAGAACACGGCUCUCUCCAAAGAGGAGAUCCAGGAGCGUCUCAGAAUAAUCGAGUUGUGCUCCAGAGAUCAGCGCUUUGCAGACUUUGUCCGGCAAACGCAAGUAUUCCUGGAGAGGAGAGGAAGCUCCACAACGUAGCGUCCAGGCAGCCGCAGACCUCCAGAAACCAGCCCACGUCUUUAACUGGAGGAGGAAGACCAGUCCAUCAUGAUGCUGCUGUUCGCUGAGCUGGAGGUGACCAGAUGCUGGCAGAUGUUGGAGUUUAUUUUUUCGCCCUGAAGUGAACUUGAUUUUUGAUUCCGUUCUGUGUUUUUGUAUCCUGACGUCUUGUUUUGAAGGAACACUUUGAUUUCUGAUCUUUGCUCGCUGGACAUUACCUCUGUCCUACACAUUCUGCCAGACUUCCUGUCCAGCUUGGAUCGAAGGGUUUCUGGUUGCAUCCUGACCUCCUGGUCGCCACCCGGGCUUGUCUCUGGUCUAAUCCUGGACGCCGGUGACCGGCAGCGUUUCUCCCUCUGGUGCCUUCACUGUCCUGUUAGCUCUUCUGGGAUGUGAUGCAAACAGAGCCCUCGAUCAAAAGCAACUUUGACAUAAAUCCACAACACCAAACAUCAUCAACCUCCUGCUUUUUCUACUGCUUUCUCAUCACUGAUGUUUACAUUUCUGUAGUAGAGGUAGAGCUUUACUCUGACUCCAUGAAAUGAUGAAUAUGUCUAGUUUGUGUUUUCUAAGACUUUGGCUGCUUCUCGUUAGAGCGAGGCAGCCCCAACCUCCCCCUUCAGUUUCAUUAAUGUGUUUAUUUUAUGGAUCUGAAACAUCUGGAUCUAGUAGAACAAACGGUUUGGACAAGAGACAACUUUUAGUUCUUCAGAGAUUCUCUGGUACCUGAUAACUGAGCAAACAAAGCAACAACACAACAACAUGGGUCCGAUCCAGCUGAGGCUGCUCUAAUGUCAGCCUCCUGCAAAAGGUGCCAACCACUUUAUGUCAUCGCUAAAUGUUCAAGUUAUUCACCGGAUCUGACCAAACGUUGUGGCCCAGCAGGAAAAACAUAAUUAGUUGUUUCAGUGAGACUCUGGUACUUUCAGCUUCAGGGUUUCUCAAGCUGUCAUGAUCUGGUUCUGUUACGAUACUUUCUUGAUCCGGUUCUGAAGAUCAGCUGGCUUUAUUUCUUUCUUUCUGUUCCCCGACUACCAGCCGUGUUGUUUCACAUUUAUUUAUGUUUUCUGCUCUCUGAACUUCCCACCAUGCUGUUUUUAUGAUAAAGGAUUUUCUUAUCUUGAGAAAAUGUUUUACUUCAUCCGCAGAACCUCGUGUCCAAUUUCUGAGAAUCCAGACCUGAAUGUUGAAGCAGCAUAACAGCUAGCUUGUUUUUAGAUGUGCUAAUAGAAACCAGGAACAAGUUUUAUCUUAAAUUCCCCCCUAAAUGUUUAUCCUGACGUUUUAAAAACCGUCUCUUUAACGUCCUCAGACGGUUUUAAUGUUUGAAUGUUGACGUUCUCGGCCCUCAUGUCCGUCGCUGUGGUUGGUAUCGUGUGUUUUUAUGCCGGUUUGUCUGAUUUUUAGUCUGAAGCUGUAGCGUAAGCGUGGGAGGUGGCGCACUUUUUAAAAUAAAAUGCUGACAUUUUUUACACA